AUGUUGCAACGCUGUGGUGUGAUAGAUCCGUCAUGGUCAGAACUUCAUCACUUCGUGAUGUUCCUUAACACUCAACUCGUAGAAUUCGAGCAGAACCAUUUUGUAAGCGCUGAGGUUGCCGGAGACCUUCCUGGGUUUGCAACGUUUGUUCUCCGAUUUCUCUUGCAAAUGUCGAAGGACUUUGCCAGCAGGUCUUUAACAAUAAGUGAGGAGACGCCCAGAUUAGUUCUAGCUGAAUCGGAAGACGAAGAUGUUGAUCAUCUCCUUUAUCGGUUUACUCUACGUAGAACUUGGGAAAACAGUCCACAUCCGUACCUGUUUUUCAACUCCGAUCACCAAACGUUCACGUUCUUGGGGUUUUACAUCGAGAAAGGUUCCGGAAACAUGAUUGAUCGAACGAGUGGAAACGUACUGGAGAAAGCCAUUAUGCCGAAAAAUCUUCAUACUGCCUUGACAAGAAAUCGUGUACCUCUGCAAGAGAAUUUCGAUGACCUCGAUAGGUCAGAAAAGAUCUGGAAAGUGUGCAAUGUAAUGAAUAUUAAGAUACCGUAUGAUCCGGACGAUACAUAUGAACUGACCACAGACAAUAUCAAAAAAAUGUUGGCAAUUUAUAUGAGAUUUAGGUGUGGCAUCCCUGCCAUCAUCAUGGGUGAAACAGGAUGCGGCAAAACACGCCUAGUUAAGUUCAUGUGUGCUCUACAGAGUCCGCCUGGUGUUGAGGUCAACAAUAUGUUAUUGAUGAAGGUGCAUGGGGGAAUAACCAAAGGAGACAUUGUUCGAAAAGUUCACUCGGCAGAAGAAAAAGCUAAGGAAAACGUUGAAAAAUAUGGCGCCGACAUGUUCACUAUACUGUUCUUCGAUGAAGCUAACACAACUGAAGCGAUUGGCAUAAUAAAAGAAAUCAUGUGCGACAAAUCCAUCUGUGGCGAACCUCUUAAAUUGUUCCAGAACUUGAAAAUUAUCGCAGCAUGUAACCCAUACAGAAAACAUCCCGACGCAUUGAUACAAAAACUGGAACAAGCAGGUUUGGGUUAUCAUGUCGAUGCGGAUGAAACAAAGGACAGACUCGGUCGUGUUCCUAUGAGACGUUUGGUCUAUAGAGUCCAACCACUCCCACAGAGUUUGUUGCCACUUGUUUGGGAUUUCGGACAGUUAAACACAGAGGUCGAGAAUCUGUAUAUAAGACAGAUGGUAAAACGAUAUGUGCAUGAUGGUAAACUUCCGAAUAAACCCGGCUUUGUAAAUGUUACCACACAAAUUCUAACGGUUUCGCAGAGGUUUAUGAGAGACCAAAAGAACGAAUGCAGUUACGUGUCGUUGAGAGAUGUUGAAAGAGUUUUGCUGGUUACUACGUGGUUCUACGGACAAACUACCAAUAGGCUUCUCUUUAAUGAGAUGGAUAGGAAGCUAUCUGUUGCAAACGAAUACGAAUCUGUAGUCGUUGAAGACGCAACUGCUGAUGAAAACCAAGCUCUUGAUGAUUUGACGCGAUCCCUAGUACUUGCGCUCGGGGUUUGCUAUCAUGCAUGCUUGAAAAGCCGUGCAGAGUACAGAGCUACGGUAGCCGGCGCAUUUAGUGACCCCUGCCCUUUACAUAGAGGCGCCGUGCAGAUACUGGAAGAAAUAGAAUGUUGCCAAGAUGUUUUCCUUGAACAUGUUUCACCGGAGACAACGAUAGCAAGAAACAACGCUUUAAAGGAAAACGUGUUUAUGAUGGUUGUGUGCAUUGAAUUGCGGAUUCCACUGUUUCUUAUUGGAAAACCGGGCAGCUCAAAGUCUCUCGCAAAAACGAUUGUCGCCGAUGCAAUGCAAGGACAUAGUGGUGCUAAGUCGCCAUUGUUUAAACAACUUAAACAGGUUCAGAUGGUAUCAUACCAAUGCAGUCCAUUGUCAACCCCAGAUGGUAUUGUCGGGACCUUCAAUCAAUGCUCCCAGUUUCAGAAAGAAAAGGACCUUAAUAGAUUUGUCUCUGUUGUUGUUCUCGAUGAAGUCGGCCUAGCGGAAGACAGUCCAAGAAUGCCUCUCAAGACACUACAUCCGCUUCUUGAAGAUGGUUGCCAAGGAGAGGAAAAACAAGAACCACACAAAAAGGUUGCAUUUAUUGGCAUAUCGAAUUGGGCUCUUGAUCCAGCAAAAAUGAACAGGGGUAUUCUCGUCCAACGAGAGGUGCCUGAUAUUGAAGAACUUCAAAACACUGCAAGAGGAAUAUGCCAAAUGAAUAAGGAUAUUCGGGCUUUUAUUGAGCCUUUGAUCAAACCACUUUCGCAGGCAUAUCUGGAUGUUUUUAGAGAGGCAUCAUCGCAGAAGCGCGAAUUUUAUGGUUUGCGAGACUUUUACAGUCUGUUAAAGAUGAUUUACUCGUUCGUGGAUAAAUCGAAACAACCGCUGACAUGGUUUGAAUUGUUGCACGCAAUCAAAAGAAAUUUCGGCGGACUAGAGUUGGUUAACCCAGAAAAAUACUUCAAACACCACCUUCGUCCUGUGAUGCAUUGCAGUGGUCCUCCAAAAGUGAGUGAUCCUGAUUGUAGCCCACAAGGAUUAAUAGAAGCGUGUCUGUUCGAUUCCGUCAAAUUGAAAACAGAGAGUCGAUACUUGCUGCUGCUGACAGACAACUAUGGAGCAUUUUCGAUCAUCCAACAACAACUCUUUUCAAAGACCAGUGGACCGCGGCCUGUCAUAAUAUUUGGGAGCAGUUUCAGAAGUGACCAAGAAUACACACAGGUCUGUCGUAACAUACACAGGAUUAAGGUUAACAUGGAAACUGGAAAUACUGUUGUGCUGCUAAAUUUGGAGAACCUGUACGAAAGUCUCUAUGACGCAUUGAAUCAAUACUACGUGCACUUCGGGGGAAUAGAUUAUGUAGACCUUGGUCUUGGAACACAUAGGGUGAAAUGCCCUGUUCACAAAAAGUUCAGGUUAAUCGUUGUUGCUGAGAAGCAAACGGUCUAUAACAAAUUUCCGAUCCCGCUGAUCAACCGACUUGAGAAACAUUUCUUAACAGUUCACACGAUUUUGAAUGGAAGACAGAUGAAACUGGCAACGGAAUUACAUGACUGGGCCAAACAAUUCGCCUCACAUGAAGUCCCGAAUACACGAGGAAAAAAACAACGGCAAGUUGGAGACGUUUUCAUUGGAUUUCACGAAGACACGUGUGCUUCAAUAACAUUACAUGUGUUUAAAAGAAACGCGGAAUACAAUAUAUCAGACCAAGAUGUGCUUGAAGAAGGAAAGCAAUUGCUGAUAUGGUGUGCAACGCCCGAGUCCUUUGUUUCUGGCAACCUGCUUGAUAAAGCAGAAAGAGACAGGAUGGCAAGAUGCUAUAACAAAAGGCAGGCACACAAUAGUUUUUUGCAUUACCUGUCUUACCAGAUGGAGACACUUAAGUGCAAGGAAUUGUUUGCUCAGAUUACAUGUCAUUCGAAGAUGUUGCCAAACAAUUUCGAUAAAGUAAUUUUGGAAGGAGUACCUUGCCUGCAUAAAGUUGAACUUCUGUCUUUAUCUGCUUUCGACACUGAGCAGCAAUUUAGUAAUCGCGUCAAGUAUGUAUGA